GCAACAAUUGAUAGGUUUACGGAGAAAACCUACAAACUCCCAAGAUCAUAAGAGAAGAAGAGAAACAUAAAACUAAAGUUUCAUUCAACAAUUUUCUCCUUAACUGUCAAAUGAACAUACAUAAUCUUAAAUAUGCAAAAGAAAAACUACUUUAACCAAAAUAUAGGAGUCAUGCAUGCACUAUUAACUAAACAUGGAUGCACUAAAUUAAAAGACAUGGAGAACAUGAGUAAACUAAUGCAUGAAAAUGUGGAUGAGAUGAUAGGCACGUAUCAUCCACCUCCACUGUCACAGAGAUUCAUGUUCCUCAUAUUACUAGGGUUGUUGUGGGAUUAUUCGGUUGUGUUUUCGUGGUGUUUUUGAUGUGUUUGGUAGGUGUCUGUGUGUACCAACUUAAACGUAAGUGUUCUACGGUCUUUCAUCCCUGCGCUUUCGUUUCAUGUGAUGAAUACAAGAUUAUCAUUGAUGAUGACUAUGGUGGACUCAGAGAAACAUUAACCCAUGAGGGCAAUAUGGUAAUUUCAAUCCAAGAUUUGAAAAAAGCCACCAACAAUUUCAGCCAACUUAACAUACUCGGUAGAGGAGGCUCCGCCACUGUUUACCAAGGAGAGUUAAAAGACGGAACCAAGAUUGCGGUCAAGAGGACCGAAUCGGUUCAUGAGUUUAAAUCCGAGGUUUCGGUUUUAACCAAGGUUAGACAUACACGUUUGGUGGCACUUCGCGGGUACUGUUUGGAUGGAGACCAGAGGCUUCUUCUUGCGAUCGAGUAUAUGCCUCAAGGGACGCUUACUCACUUUUUAUUUGACUGGAAAAAACAUGGUUUGAAACCGCUCGAAUGGAGGCAAAGAUUGAUGAUCGCGUUAGAUGUUGCUAGAGGUGUCGAGUAUCUGCAUUGUUUCGGACACCAAAGUUUUAUUCAUAGAGAUCUUAAACCCUGCAAUAUCCUACUCGGUAAUGAUAUGCGGGCCAAGGUUGCAGACUUUGGACUUGCUCGACCCCUCCCCCUUGGGAAAGAUUCGUUUGUGACAAAAGUAGCUGGAACUUUCGGGUACUUUGCACCCGAAUACGCAGAGAUGGGUGAGGUAUCGACCAAAAUCGAUGUGUACAGUUUCGGGGUAAUCCUAAUGGAGCUGAUAACGGGCAGAAGGGCACGAGGCACAACACUAGAAGAGGAAAGUGUGCCAUUGGUGAAAUGGUUCCUACAAACGUACAAAGAUGAAGUUACCUUCCGAAAGGCCGUUGACCCAGCCCUAGACCUUGAUGAAGAAACACUAGCCUGUGUGAGUACAGUGGCGGAAUUAGCUGCGCAUUGUUGUGCGUCUAAACCACACAAGAGGCCUAACAUGAGCCAAGUAGUCAAUGUUCUCUCGUACCUCGUAGACCCAUGGAACAUGUCUGAACCGGAAUAUGAAGGUGUCGAUAUAGACAUGAACCUUGACACUGGCUCGUUUACUUCACUGGAUGGACGAUGACGAUCUUAAAGCAACUUAAUUGUUGGUUUAUACAAAACAAUAUUCUUUUGAUUGUUAAUAUCUUUGCUUUU